AUGUCCUUAUCAUUAAUUAGUACAGUAGCAUUGCUAGCUCCAGCAUUUUACUUUGACCCAGUUUUGGCCCUUGAUUUGGGAAGCUUGGAUCAAUGGCAAGAUACCGAUUCCUCCAGAAACUCUAAUGCGAGUAACGACGAAAGCGGAAACUCAGACAGCAAUUCAGACGCUUCCUCAGAGAGUUCUCUAGAAAAUUCUAAUCAGGAAUCCAACCAGAACUCUGAAGAAGGAUCUACUCAAGACUCUAACCAAAAUUCCAACCAAAAUUCUGCUCAAACUCAACAGCAAACUGCAGCUACUACUCAAGCCCAGAGAGCUUCUGAAAGUGAGCAGACUCAAUCAUUGGCCGCAACUACUGCCGCAUCAUUAGAGACCAAUACACAGCAAACCCCAGAGACAACCCCGACCACAACUGUCUGGUGGAGUCAGUCCGUCACACAAUGGUGGACACCUUCAGUAACGAAAUGGUGGACUCCAGAAUCAGAGCUAACAGCUUCUUCUACUGAUAACUCAAAUUCUCUUUCAAGCACUUUGUCUACAGUUGUUUCAUCAUCUAGCACUUUAAAAAAUACCACUUCCAAAAACUCCACAAACAGUGGACUAAGAAGCCAUCAACCAAAUUCCAACUGGAAAAGUGGAAUGUUAGUGGGCGGCAUAUUAAUGGCAUCAGUGGUCUUGAGCGGUCUAUAG